AUGCAGUACCUCACCUACCUCUCCCUCGCCUCGGGCGCCAUGGCCGGCCUCAUCCCCGCCGUCCACCUCGGCGAGCCGGCCAAGCGCGACGUCAACACGGUCAAGACGGUCAUGACCAACGUCGCCAGCCAGAUGAACGAAAUCGACCACGCGCUCCAGAACCUCGACACCGACGUGAGCGGCGUCAUCGCCGCCUCCAAGAAGCUCAACAAGAUGCUCCAGGACGGCACUGCCGAGAUCAGCAAGUCGGGCAUGCUCGACGCCGGCGCGCCCUAUGACCUCUCGGGCACCGCCGCCUCCUUCCUCGCCACGGGCCACCAGCUCCAGGCCGACAUGAUCCGCAGCCGGCCCAAGAUCGCGGCGGCCAACGCCUGCGACGACGUCCGCGACAACCUCGACGACAUCGCCGACAACACGCACCUGCUGCUCCAGGCCGCCCUCUCCAAGUUCCCCAACGGCCUGCUGCCCAUCAUCGACCCCGUCAUGGACCUGCUCGAGGAGAUUGUCAUCGAGGCCCAGGAGACCUACGCCGACGCCAAGUGCGUCAACAAGGACGGCUCGGGCCGCGCUCAGGUCGGCGUCAAGAGCAACUCGGUCCAGAGGAGGAGCGUCGAGCUCGAGCGUCGCGAUUUCCUGACCAGCCUCAUGACCAUGGCCGCGCCCCUCGUCCCCAUGUUCACCAAGUUCAUGUCCGCCCUCUCCCCGGCCAAGACGACCGUCAAGAGGGACCUCGAGCGCCGCAGCUUCAUGGACAUUAUCAUGCCCAUGGCCAGCUCUCUUCUCUCCAUGGCGGGAAAGAGCUCGGCGACGACCACGACGACCACGGCGGCCAAGGCCCCCGCCGCUGGCAGCUCGUCCCUGGGCGGCAUGAGCUCUCUCCUCAGCGGCUUCACCUCGCUCCUCGGCGGCCUCGGCAAGAGCAGCUAA